AUGAGUUUGACUAUAAGUUUAGGACUUUUGGGGUUAAUCUUAGUAUUUUUAAGUAGUAUGAUAUUUAAGCGAUAUUCAGCAAUGCAAACGCUUGGAUUCAUGCACGAAAAACCUGAAUUUCCGUUUGGAAAUUUAAGAGGAAUUGGAAUCAAACAUCAUAUGAUUCAUAUUUUGGCAAGGACUUACAAUAAAUUUAGCAAAAUUUCAUCAGUUCAUGGACUGUAUGCAUUUUUGAAUACAACCUUUGUAGUGACUGACUUGGAUCUUGUCAAAGAUAUUCUAGUAAAUAAUUUUGAUGUUUUUCAAAAUCGUGGACUUUUCAAUUCAAAAGAGCAUGAUCCACUAUCAGCACACUUAGCUGCACUUGAAGAUCAAGAAUGGAGAAAAAUGAGGCAAAUACUUACGCCUACAUACACGAGUGGUAAAAUGAAAAUGAUGUUUAAUACAGUAUUAAGUGUCUCCAACCAAAUGAUUGAGAAACUAAAAGCAAAUGACAACUUAGGAGCCGUCGAAGUGAGAGAAGUGAUUGCGAGUUUCAUGACUGAUGUCAUUGGAAAUAUAGCUUUUGGAUUAGAGAUGCAUGCCAUUGAAGAUCCAAACUCAGAAUUUAGAAAAAUGGGAAGAAAAGUUUUUGGAAGUGACAAUUUUUUGGGUAAAAUUCUUCUUUUUUCAAAUUUUAGAAGUCUUGCACGAAAGUUAAGGUUUCAGCUAUUUCCACCGGAUGUGUCAAACUUCUUUAGACAACUUGUGAAAGAUACUGUAGAGUAUCGUCGUGAAAAUAACAUUGAACGAGACGACAUGCUGAAUUUGCUGAUGAAAAUUGGAACAGAAGGUCGUAAAGGCGAGGAAAAAUUGACUAUGGACGAAAUCACUGCUCAGUGUUUUCUUUUCUUUGUUGGAGGGUUUGAGACAUCAUCAAGCACAUCAACAUUCACUCUGUUCAAUUUAUCUGAGAAUUUAGAUGUUCAGGAUAAGUUAAGGGAUGAAAUAAAAUUAGUUUUGGCUCGACAUGACAAUGAAAUCACAUAUGAAGCUAUGAGAGAGAUGAAAUACUUAGACAUGGUGAUAAAUGAGACCCUCCGAAUUUAUCCACCUGGUGCAAUAGCCAUACGAGAAGCAUCAAGAGAUUAUAAAGUUCCAAACACCAAACUCAUAAUUCCAAAAUCUUCAAUGGUUUUUAUUCCAAUUUAUUCCAUUCAACGUGAUCCUGAAUUUUACCCAGAUCCAGAAAAAUUUGAUCCCCAAAGGUUUGCUGAAGAAAACAUUGCAAAAAGGCAUCCAAUGUCUCACAUUCCAUUUUGUUAUGGACCCAGAAACUGUAUUGGCUAUCGUUAUGGACUUAUGCAAAUUAAAAUAGCACUGAUUCAACUCCUGAUUAAUUUCAGGUUCACAAAAACGUCACAAACACCUGAAAAAAUUAUUUAUAAUCUAAAGAAUCCUGUGUUAUCACCAGCAACGGAUAUAAUAUUGAAGUUACAGAAAAUAAGUUCAAAUAAUGAAUAA